AUGUUGAUAGACUCCUCUUCAGAAUGCACAGAAAGUACAAGUACAAAAGUGAGUUCAGCAGACUAUAUACUUAAGAUGUGACAUCGUAUGCUUGCAGGAUGAAAAUUUUACACCACGUAGUCAGGGCCUCUUCAACAUUUCCACUAUUCAACUUUUUAUUUAUCUAAUUGCACCACUCGCCGAUGUGAUAACGGAAGAAGAAGUCGUUGACAACAUCCGGUUGGAAUCCGGUCUGAAGAUUUGGCAGGCCAUUUGGCAGUUCCGUCAGCCCGAUGUCUGGUGUUUCUCGGCGCCCGUGAAGCAGCGAAGAGACGAACUGCCGCAGAUUUCAUUUGCGAGGAGACAGAAUCCAAUGCAGUCGCAGAAUCAGGGCAUUUAUUUGGGUAAAGAGGAGAAGCCCCGAAGGCCCUCAAUUGUACCCCCUCCAAAGCCGCCAAGGACAGACGCGGCAGUGCUUCACGAGAAACGAAAAUUGGAGGAGGAAAAAGAGAAACAACGAAUAAAAAUGAGCACGAAGGACUACGUAGCAAUUGAAAUUGACGAGCCUUUAAUUGAGUAAGCCACUGUGUUUGUAUGCAGACUUGAAACUAAACGUUUUUCUUCAGAAAACCUGGCCACCUGCUUAUUGAUAUGACUCCAGUGACGGCAUCGGGAGUCUCGAGAGGGUUUCAGAGAACGUCGUCGAUUGUGAGAAGUGUCAGCGAAUACAAGACAAAUCUCUGCGGACAGAAGCCUGCGAUAUCGAAGAGCCAGACGUCAGAUGCAUUUGAUGUCAGUCCAAGUGAGUGUGAAGGAUUACGGUAGCUUUCGAUUUUACACGUGAAUUACUUUUUUUAGCUUCCGACUCAUCUGCAAAGAUGCUCGAGGAAGUGGAAGAGAUAAAGUUUGCGGAGAACGAGAACUGCUCGUUGUCGGCUGUGUUCUUCUCUGCAGACCAAGCUCCUCUUGUCAAUCUUUCGGACAUAUGCAGUGGUUUCUCUUUAGAAGCUGACAAUAUUGCUACUCAAAUGCCACCAACUCCAUGCCCUACAAGUGCCGAGCAAUCCGAUUCUGAACUAGGAUAUCGGCCUGUCGACAAUUCCAUGUAUCUUUCAUCCACUUCGAAUGCAUCAGAUGCCCCACCUUUUAUUCUUACCAGAGGUAAAAAACGAAGGGUAAAUGUUCGAUGUCUCAUAUUUGUAACAGCGUCUACAACUGACGAAACUGCGUCCUCUUGCUCUCAACAAACUGUGAUUCCUAUUCAAAUACCUGUGCCUUCACCCACUGUAGCUCAAUUGAAAACGCUUACUCCGGCCAUUACGACGAGUAAGACUGAAAACAGAAGAACCGAUCACCAGAGGUGUAAGUUGAUAAUACUGUUUACAUAGUGAAAAUAAUGCUUACAGUGCCAUCAAGCCAAAAAAGCGUGUCAGGAAGUACUGAUGAUGAGCUUGAUGAGAAUUCGUUUAAUGAUCCAACUGUCGCCUCGUACCUUGACGUGGCAGUUAUCCGCGCUCUUCUAAUCACGCAUUGGCAAGAGAAAGGAGUUUACUGGGCUCUGAGAUACAUCCUGAAUAGACUCGAAGAAAUUCAAGUGUAUGUAACCGUCCGACAAGGAGCCAGGCAGAGGAGUAACUCUCUUCCCAGUGGAGAGAGGAAGUUAUCUGUGGCGCCUGAUCAGUUCACCAAUCCAACGUGGGAUGACCUGAAAUAUGAAACGAAAGAGGAAGGAAGAGCUCAUUUGCACGUGGCUUUCAAUGAUAGCGAGAGGAGGAAGUCAUCUGAUAACUGUACGUUUCAAUAUAAAUAUGUUCUUCAGUGCAGUUUUUGUUGUAGGCCUAGCUCCUCACACUGUGUCAACAUCCCGAAGAAGUUCUCUGAACACAAUGUCUCGCAGAGGAAUAAACAGAUCCAAUCCAUCGCUGAACAAUUCUGUGGAAGUUCUAUCCAUUCGUGACGAUGCUGAAGACGAUAUAUCCAACAUUUCAACAAAAUCAGUGGAAAAAGAGAACUCGAAGAUCAAUGCGGCAUACUUUCCUGAAGCUCUUGGAAGCACCAAUUUCAUAGAGAAAGACGGAAAAGUUUCUGCCACAGUGAUUGUGCAAACAGUCAAUCAGGUCAUGGACCGAUGUACUGGUGUUCGUCAGUGCGAGCUCGCUCUGAACAUUGCCGAUGUCCUUCUAAGAACUCCUCUGGAGCAGACUGAAACGUUUUUUGUCCAGCUGAACAUCAUGGUUUUCAAGUAAUUAGCUGGCAACACUAGUAGAUGUCAAAUUUUGUGAAUUUCAGAAUCUAUCUUUGCUUGGGAUGCCCCCACGGUUGUAACGAAGGUGUUAAAAGUCAACAUGGCGAUUUUUUACGUGCCAAAGCCAGAUCUAUUCUGGCUCAUUUGGAAAGAGUUCAACCAGUAAGUUUUUACGAUGCUUCUGUAUUUUUGUUUGUCUUCAUUUUGUACUUUCAGGAAAAGUUCAAAACGAUUUUAAAUGAUUACGUGGACAACUACGGAACCCAACAAGUUAUCGAUCUGCUCCAUUCCAUCACCGCUUUCUGCCGUUCUGAACUUGCCCGUGGGUCCAUUCAUAGCUUUCGCCUGUGCAUAUGUUCAACUUUCAGCAGUUGAUGGCCGUCGAAGCUCAGAAAGUCGAAUGCCUUCCUACAGAAAUACGUUCAAUGAAAAGGACAAAGGAAUUGAAGGCCGGAUCAUUAAUGCCACCUACAAAACGUUGAUCACGAAAGUUUCUGCGAUCAGUGCCGAGCUUACACUUCCGGAGAACAUGGUGAGCUUUAUUUCUUCUUUUCUAUUUUCAUAUCGUUUAACUUUGAAGAGUUUGCAACAAGAUGUUCGGAUGCUAGUGAAUUUUGUUCAAGAUCACCACGGAAAUCCUUUUCGGCGAGUCGGUCUUUCCGCUCUGAAAGACGCUAUCGGCAAAAGCCCGAUACCGGGGUACGUUCUCAGCGAACUAUUUGCUCCUUUUUGAUUCACUGUUUCUAUUCUAUCAUUAGUCACAUACGUUCACCUUUCACUUCACUUAUAGUCGAUCUCCUCCUUCUUCUUCUUGCACAAAGAGACCGGAACUUGCUCCUCCGCAGUUAGCUCUUCCACGUGCCCGAUCCAAAGCGUCGGUUGUGCGGUCGCAGUCUUCAAAGUCGCCAAAGUCAGUGCGCUUGAUGAUUCCGCACAUUUCGCUAACCAAAUCCACCGAGUAAUAGGAUCUUUCCAACAGUUUUCUGGUUACGAUCAAUAAAACCCGCAUGCUUCAGCCCCACCUUUUCUCUUUCCACUGCACGCCGACCGAUUAACUUUUGGUUAUCAUUUCACAAUUGUUUUGUUAUAAAUUAUCAACUUCGGUAGUCUCAAGUAUUUAUUUUCAGUGAAUCAAACAAAGAAGAUAAUUCGAGCCCAGGUGGAGCAUCUCUCAAGCAAGGCGAAAAAAACGAUCAAGCAUCAUUGCGAAGAGGGUUGUUCAAGAAAAAAGAGAAGAGCGGUGGUACCACUACAGGAAACGAUGAUUCGGAAGGAGACAGCUCUCCAUCCACUCCGAGGACAGUUUCAUCGAUGGACGAUGGCGUUUCUCCGCUUGCUUCUAACAACACUUACAAGAAAAAGAGCGCACCAAAGUUGCACUUUGCAUUUGGCCUUCUUAAAUCGGUGAGGCCAGACAUGGACGAGGAGACAUCCGACCAGGAGAUGAAUGAAGAUCAAUCACAACAAGAUUCCGACACGGUUCCAAUGAGAAGACCAUUGCGACAAAGUUCGAAGCAUGUGAAAGCGAGGCUCCCUAUUGAUUGUGAGUUCCUAUGAAAUAUUCAAAACGUAUGUUAUUUCAGCAAAAGGUGGAAUGCGACUGUGGGGUACUUAUGUCCCCCCGCCCAUUUUAAUUGACGUCAAAGGUAUAUUCGAUGGGGCUCGUCGAUUCGCUUUUCUUCUUGAGACCGCCAGGCCUGGGACCUUUCCGGACGCGCCGUUAAUAGCAGCUAUAAUGCAUUUGGUAAGAUAAUCUUGGGAGAUCAUGCUCGUCGUUUCAAAGGAACAUUUUUCAGAAAUCACCAGUAUUAGCGCGAGCAUCUCUUUUAUUGGAAUGUGCGAACUUUGUCUCAAGAUGCAAUCGAGGACAGUGGCCUGAAUGGAUCCGAUCUUCCCAUCAUCGAACGUUCAGUCUUGGAGGUGCCUUGGCUAAUCGAGGAACUCCAUCAGCAACCAGAAGAAUGCAUUCUCUGCAGAGACAAGCUGGACGCUACUUCUAUCAGUGGGGCAUUCAAAUUGGAGAGCACCUCUGCAAAAUGGUUGAUAUGGCGGAGAAGAAGAAUCGUAAGGCGUUGCAAAUGGAGGACGCCAUUGAAGACUUUUUCGAUGACGGCGUCGUGAACGACGCCGGUGGAGAACGAUGUCCCCCGGCUCUGCAAUUUAUCGCUGUGCUUCUUUUACAAGAGAUUACUGCUUUUCUUAGAGAAACGUUCAAAACCAUCCCAAGAUCUAAGAAUUCGAAGCCGCAGACAGGAAAUUCGGGUUGGGACAAGCUGCUGAGUCAUCGGAGGUGGUCAAUUUUGUCAAAUACAUUCAAUGCACAGCAGACAGGAUCAGUCAAUAGCAUCACGGAUAUAAACUCUUCUAUUCACUGUAAGUAUACGGAAAAUUAUUUUGUUACUUACCUUAGAGAUUUAAAUUGUUAGAAAUCAAAAAAAUUUACUAGAAAAACACCUGAUCACGCCGAAAGUCGCAACUUCCGACGUUUGUGUGUGUUUUUCAAUCAAAAUUCUAAUUAGAGUGAAAUGUCGCCUUGAGAGUUUGUCGAAAAGUCGAGAAAACUGAAGUCGACAUGAUCGACGAAGGUAAUGUCGAUUUUCGCGAGCUACUCUAGUGAUGGAUUCUAGAACUGCUCGAUGAUUUCUGUUAAUAUUCACCUACGUGAUCUCUCGUCGAUCAUGCCCCUUCGAUAAUCGACCAACAAUUUUGUCGAUUAUCGUGUAUACACGUCACUCUAAUCAAAAUUGAUCAGAAUAUUAUCGAAACCCACUAAAAACGAUAAAAAAAUGUUUUCAGUGAACGACAAGGAAAGGAGAAUCAGUUUGUCAGCAGCAGAAGAAGACUCUCCGCGAGGUUCGAAAGAUGCCAUUGAUGAGAUUAAUGCAGUUGAUAAAAAAGGUUAGCUUUUUACCGUACUUCUGUCCCUUUUUCCAUUUGAAAUUCGUGAUUUUUCUUACUGACUGUUCCAUAGAGGUUCCUUUGUGUCCCUGAUCGUUUUUCUCUGAUAGCUCAGAGUCCGGGUGCCGCUUUAUUGUCCGUUUUCUUAAAAAACGCGGCAUUCGCCUUCAGGUUCAAUCAUCGUGCAGACUGUCGCCGUAGUUCGGCCGCCUUCACUCUCCGCCAGACUAUUCUCCCGGCAAUCAACGCACGAAGAGUCGGGCGGAUCGGCUCAGGGGUCCACCAAAUCAACGACCUACGUGCCUGAACCAGGUUCUGAUGUGUUAUGAGCACUACUAUUCUGCACCCGCACCCACACAAUAUAUACAUCACUUCUUUAAAAGUCUACUCCUUUCUUUUUUCUGUGUGAAUGUUCCCACUAUUUCUUUUCUUUUCCUGCACCAUCACCAUCCACGAUAUUAUUAUUAUUUCUUCAUACUUUUCUUUGUAGGUCGGAGAAUCGCAACUGGACGUCAACGACUUCUGAAACGGGGAACUCCUAUGACUUCUGGAGCCACUGGUCAACCAUCUCUGGAGUCUAGUCACAAGCGCAAGUCGUUUCGCAGCAGAAAACAAUCAAAACCAGCACAUAUGGAGGAGGAAGAAAAGUCUGAUGGAGGUAAGUCUAGUUUUCCAAAUACAUAGAUACGGACGGUCCAUCUGAAGGUAGUCUCGCCUCUCAAUCGCCGAUCCUUCAAAGGGUUCGGGCUUCAAGUAUGCGAGCGUCCAAUUUGCUCGCCCUGUUUCAUCACGCAAUUCCUGAAUUUCUAGACGGUAUAAAUAGCUCAAAUGUGUAGAACGUGCCCCCACUCCCCUCUCAUGAAUAAUAAUCCGAAUUUACCCUCAUGCAAGCUAACUCCCACAUGAUCCCUACACGUUAGAAACGUCUCUAUAGUGCAAAAAGUAACAAGAAACAUUUGUUUUUCAGCUGGCGCUACCCACAUUCUGUCGGCUCGGGAUUCCUUGAAACCAACUGAUGAUGGACUUCAAUCACCCGUAGAAACCGUGCAUCCUACAGUAAUCCCUCAUUCUAAUCACGGAAGCUCUCACAGUCAGCAGCCUGUCGCAUUGAAACCGUCCAUAGACGAUGAAGAGCAACACAUGCUUUCCAAUCUUCCUUGGAUCAAAGUGCUCAUCAAAUUUUCCAACUCGUUCGAUCUAGAAUGCCAACAUGAUGGUGCUUGUACUCCGAAAUGUUUUCAAAGAAUUCAUAGGCAAUGCUAUCGACUCAUAGAGUCUCUGUCAACACUGUAUGGAGCAGAAAGGUAAUAUUGUGCGCAAAGUUUCUAAAAAGCAAGUUUAACGCUACAGAAACGCCAGGACGAGAACCGAUAAACGGAAGCUUCUUGCGGAAAGCUGGCAGUCAAAACAACAGGCACUUCGUAGAGUGAGUGUUUUACCUAAAAUUUCAGAUAGUUCUGAAAAAUUGAAAAUUAAAACAGAAAACUAUGAAAAAUUAGACAUUUAGCAAACUGAAACGAGCAGUUCACGAGCGGUAAGUUGUUGAAUAUAUCUUCAGUACAUCCAUCGUAUUUUCCACUUCCACUCCUAUCUGCUCUACCACUCCACUCACUGAACUAGCAUCUAGCUUUUAACUUUUACCUUUUCUGACUUCUAUUUUUCAGAGUAUUCACGCACGUCAGUCAACAGCUGUGCCAAGAAGAGAAAGUGCAAUGGUUGGUCAGCCGGAGUUUGCCAGCAAAGCCAUCAAAAUGAUGCUUAUGGAAAAGAUGCAACAGGAAAAAGAAAAAGAGAAGGAGAAGGAGAAAGAAGAGAAGGAAGCAUUGAAAAAACAAUCAGUUGAGCAAGAUCGGCAUUCGGAAGACACAGAGGAAGAGCAAACUUCUACGGAAAAAAACAAGCAGAUGCUCUCCUAUCUGCGUUCGCUUGUUCUUCAACUUGUCCACUCGCCAAUUUCAUCUGUGUUGAAAUGCUGUCUUUUGCUCAAUGUGGAGCAACAUAAACAGAUGAUUGGAGUGUCCUGGAAGAUGCUACAACAUGAAGAUCCUCAUGUGGUCGCCAGUGCAGCUUCAAUGUUCAUAGUUGCCAGUGUCAAAAGAUCUGAAGAUGGGUUGGCUAUGAUUCGUUGCGCUUUGGAAUCCCCGGACGCCCAAGAGCGCACUAGCGGCAUUCAGAGAUUUUACACCUUAUGGAGAAACCGAUUUCAUGCUUGGCUGAAGAUGGAGGACGGUGCUCAAGCAUUUUUCAAAGUCCCACCACCGGGAAUUGACUUCACUCUACCAUCUCCAGCGAUCGGACAAAGCCAACUUCCCGUUGUCGAUCCGCCGUGGAUGCCUCAUUUGAAGACCAAGAUUGAGGAACUUUCUCUGAAAGAAGAAGAGCAUGCUACGUCACAGACUAUAAUGACGAUGACAAGAACUCGGAGAAAGCAAAAGCAGGAGAUGGUGAAAAGGGCAGUGAGGGAGGCAGAAGAGCGGCAAUGCGAACAACGACAGCUUUUUCGUCUCCGAAGUUCGGCUAUCGUUUCUUUGGCUGCCUACGAACCGGCUCUCUUCCAUCACCAACAGGAACAGACCGAAGGUUUGCUACAGUCAAGUUUCAAACAAAAUUUGUCCUUGUACAGAAUCCGAAAACAGCCAUCAGCACGCGAGACACGUCAUGCCGGUCGCUCAGCCAUUGUUCCCAUCAGCCCUUCUCUCUGUUGUACCGCAGAUAAUAGAGCUUCUGGAUGAUCCACAAGUUGACAAAAACGGCGUUUCGGUUGGUGACGUGGCAAAAAAGGUUAUCUGGACAUGCAUAGUCGAGGAUCCAUCUCUGUUUUUACGGCACUUUCUGGAGAAAUUGACCAAUAGAGAUCGUCAAGUGAGUGACUUCCUAGGUGGAAUAAUAGUGAUUCUUCUGACCUACCCUCACUUUCCCUAUCUUUGUCUUUCUCCCUGGUCUUCUUCAUUUGUGUUCCUUUAGAAUCCUUUCUCUUCCCAUUCCAGGUCCUUAUCAACGAUUUCACACCUACACCCGCCUACGUAAGUUUUUUCAGUGCCGCGCGGGGGAUCUGACUCUAGCAUGAUUCCUCCUUAACACGCAUGCGUUUACUUACCUGAUCUUUUCUGUUUUCCAUUUCUAACCCGAAUGUUGGCAACUCUUGUGCUUCAAUUGUAAUUUUAAAAUCGCCUCGGUUUCAGGAAGUUCUCAUGUCGCAACUUCGAAAGCUUGUGCUUCGAUUUCACCCUCUUCCCAGUCAGGCUGCGCACUCCCUUCUCAAUUAUCUGGUGAGUUAUGAUACAGUUCAUUGUAGAAAUUAAAUAUUCAUUUUUUCAGUUUGGAUUUGUCAUGCAUUACGUGCGUACACAGUGUGAAGGAUCAGAGAAAGCCAUCGGAAUGGCAUUGUCCAUCUGCUGGUUACUUUCUCCGAACAUCCACGGACUUUACUUCAAAGAUCUUAAACAGACGCUCAGAAAAGAGCAAUGUGAUGUCAGCGUGUUUGUCUUCUGAAAACUAGUACCCUCAUCUCAAAAUUUCAGCAAGCCUUAAUGAUAACUGCCAAUGUUCCGUCUGCCAAAAAGAUAAUUGUCCAUGGUCUUGAUAGUGGUUCUGGCGGUAUUCCGAGUCAAUUCCCAGUCCACGAGGACACUCAAUUCCAUCAAAUUCUGAGUGACAGUUUGGAGUUUUUCAACAUCGAAGAAGAUGACAUGAAUAGUUUCUACUUGACGGAUACAAAAACUGGUGUGAUACAUCUUCCGGCCGCCUACGUCAGAGAUUACUAUUUUUUUCAUCGCUCUUUUUAUCCACAACUCACCCUGGUCAGGAUGUCGCCUGAAGUUGCUCAUAAACGGAUGAAAGACACCGCAUUUCAUCAGAGAUUUAUUGAAGUCGGAAAAGUGCUCCUGACCCAUAACAUCUUGAAGUACAGCCCUCAGCAUGUGGUAAGCUACUGAUCUGCUUGCUUCCCGCUAAUAUCAAAAUCUGUUCCAGAUCGCUCAAAGAGUGUUUUUUCUUCAUGACGAGUUCACUCAUCUUCCGUCUUUUCCUCGGAAAAGUUUGGAAACCUGCUUCGGGAUGUACUAUGGUCCAAGUGGAGAGCAGCUGAAAGCAAUGGAAGCCAUGCACAAGUUUGUAUGGGCUAAGCUCAUGUCCGAUAUGUUCGAAAAAAUGGAGAACGCGUUCAUGUUUGCUGACCUCCAUUUGUUUAUCAAUGUUAUCAACGGCAUCAUGAUAAUGCACUGCGAAGACGUGUUGAUCCUUCGAAGAUGUGCAGCCACCUACAUCUCUAUUUCCAUUCACUUCAGCACGUUAUUCGCAAGUCAAGGAUUUUUUCUGAUCAUGCCGACGCUUCUCCGCUGCUAUAGUCAACGCCAAACCAACAAAGUAUUCUGCCAAGUGGUCGAGUUCAUCUGUCGGCAGUUCUACACUCUCCAUCGCAAACCAUUUCUUCUUCAAAUGUGUGGAGCUAUUGCCAAUAUCAUCGACAAUAGCAGCAAUGACUUUGAGAUCAAUCCGAUGAGAGUCAAAGCCAAGUACUGGUUCUAUUUGAUCAAAAAGAUGGAAGAGAUUACGGAUGAAGAUCCCCUGGAUAUCCUUGGACUGGUUCCCUACGAGAAGCCGCUGAGAGCGUUGGAUUUAUGCUAUCGCGAUGAUCCAAAUACAUUCUGCGUUCUGACUGACGCCAUGGCCAGUUGCAUUUGUGUCUGCGCGUUUUCUCCGGAGAGCAAGAGGAGUCAUCACAUGCUGCUGAUCAUGCAAGCGAUGCUUCCUCACAUGAUGAAGCGGUUGGAAGAGGACACUCUGGCGUCUGGAAACUCUCCGUCUGCCGUGAAGCACGAAAUCUCACAGUGGAUCACAAUGGCCGUGGAGAUGAAGGCAUUGAUUAACAGUUGCGAACAGCUUGUCCGAGGACCAACAAGAGCUUUUGAUCUAGUGAAUAGUGUUUCCGAAAGAGGAAAGAGUUUCGUCGCCGACUCCCCGCAAUUCUUCGACCCACCAACCACCAACGACGAUGAGAACUCGAGGCCGUAUCAUUUGAAGGAAAAACGAUCGACGGCGGUUGCAUGGGAAGCUGUAGAAGUGGAAGAACAACAAAAGGAAGCGUACAGGCGGCCCCGAGAUACUCUCUUGCAGCUCAUCGCCGUCUACAUAGAAACUGCUGCUGUGCGGCUCAAAGAGCUUACUAAGCUUGGUGCAAAUCUCGAGCACGCCAAGAUCCCAGAUGUACUAGACCACAAAUGCUAUGUAAAACUUGGAGAAGUGGCUCUAGCACUUCUGAAGGUUGCUCCUUACGAUCUAGCAACGACAACUUGUCACGGUCUUCAAAAGUACUUCCAAUCCAUUCUUCCAGUCACUGAUUGGUCAAUAGAGUCUAACCGAUCAGCUUUGAACAUAAUCUUGCGACGCCUUGACAAGACAUUAUCCAAAAUUGCCAAACGUCAAAGCUUUCGAAAAAGAGCUAUUUGGAUAGCAUUGUCAGCCUGGAUUAAUGGGAUCUGUGACACUUUGAACUCUUUCCCGUACAUUGCCCAUCUUCAUCCGCUGAAAACAAUCACCCAGUUAUGCUUGAGAAUGAUGGUAGGAGAUCCUUGUGUGGAGGACGGAUCGUCUUCAACGGCUCUACACCCAAGUACAGUACUCCAUCCAACUCCACCACCUCAAAUCUUCGCCAAUGGGGUUCUACGGCUAACCACUAUCCUCAUGCAAGCUUUGGGACAAUUCGCGUUUUCGCUGGAUUUUGUAACUUCCACAGAAGGUAUGGGAGUGUCUUCCGAACGAUUGGAGGCGGUGCUUUGCCAUGUGCUCAUACCACUUUUCCUACGAAUUCCAAACAACAUGAAGGAGCAGUCCAUCUUUCAAAGCAAGGAUCUCGCGCAGUGCUUGACUGUCAUGCAGAAUGCCAUCUCACCUCCACUGGCCAAGCAACCCGCUCCACCGUUGAUUAGCACUUCCACGCUGACCACGUCGUUCAUUCGUGGUACACAGGGUAAUAGUUUUGGGGGAAUGUUCCAAACUAGAGUAACUUUUUUCCAGAUGUGACGGGACGACAAGGAUCCGUUUCAGUCACAGACCGCGGCCACUCGGCCACAGUUUCCACCCACCGGAUUGUUCGUGAAAGCAUUUGCCAGUCUAUCUACCUAGGUCUGAAAGUGCUCAUGCUGAUAUUCGGAAAGCUAUUGGCUCCAAUGUGGCCAAGAGUGGCCAGGCUUGUAAAAGAUUUACUGGCAAAAAAGCCUGGUGCUCCGAGUGCUCUGAUUUUUGUUGAUUUUCUGCUGCAUUCUAACCUUCCCAUUGCUCUAUUCAUUAUUCCUAUGAUCCAGAAUAAGGUAUAGCUGCAGGAGCGUGUGAAAAAUACUUGGUAUACAUUUCAGAUGAAACAGAAGCCGGGAAGUGAGCAAGAAGCGGCGUGGCAGUCUGAAAUUCUGGAGAAGCUGAAUGCGAAGCAUCACAACGUUGUGCCCAUGUCCAUUCUGAUUAUAAAAUGUAGCCAGGAGCUUCAACAACUCAAAGAGGAGUUGUCGAUGAAACCCAUAGAAAUGGCAAGAUCCUACACUCCAACGAUGGCAGAUCCUCACUCGGACUCAUCGGCAGCGUCCACAGCUCCACGUGGGGCAACUUCUCGACAAAGUAUCGAUCGAAAAACAAGUAUUCACGCAAAGAAGAUGCUUCCGACGAUGAAGGAAGAUUCGACUAUUCCGGAAGACGUAGAGGAUGAAACAUGCGACAACUUGCAAGAACCGCCAUCAACUUCGGGAGUUCCGAGUCCGAUUGGACGAAUGAUCAAAAGUUCGAGCAUUCCAUUGAACAAGGGUCCACAAUCGAGUCGCACCCGUUCGAUUAGUGGAUUCGGAAUGUGGAGGAGUGUUCGAAGGAAGUCAAGACAUAUUUCAACUGAUGAUUCAUCUGAUGACAGGGGCAGCGUUGAAUUGCACGACAUUGCCGGAGGACAUCAUUCCACGCUUCAAGAGGUUGGUUUAUUCCUUACAAUCCUUACAGAAACGGAAAAAAUUUGGAUUUCACUUAGUUUUUUAAAAGUUGGCUACCACAUUUAUACGUUUUCUUAGUACCUUAGAAGAGUGUUUCAACAUACAAAAAACGUAAGUUGAAAUUUAUGGCUCCGUGGAAAAGCUGUUUGGACCGAGACAGAUUCAACAUCACGAUAUGAACAAUUUUGCAGCCAAACCGAACUCCAAAUCGACGAUCCACAGAAGCUUUAGUUUUACCUCUUCACGAGAGUAUCGACACGAAUAGACAUCGAUGUGAGUGGAAAGAGACAUUAUUAGCAAUUUGCACUAUUCCCAUUUCAGUCGUCUCAUUUUCAACUCCAAAAAAAUCGCACGAGCGGGACGAAGAAGUAUUCCAAAUCACCGAACAACAUCAACUGGUCUAA